AUGGCUCCCCUGAAAUGGGCUUUACAAUACCAAGAAGCCUUUAAUGAGCUCAAGGAAUGUAAGUUGAGAUUGCCCAGUAUGCUGAUCAGAGCCUGGUUGCUGAUGACCAGGAUGCUGCUUACUGUCUGUUCCAGAACUACCACCUCAAAUGACCUUAAACUUCCCUUUGUUCCCACUUUACCCCAAACCAAGAAACUGCUCACCGUCAGGAUUGGCAGUUUAUUUACACCGACUUGCUUGGCUAGUGACCUCCAUCCAAUAGGACCUGUUCAUUGGUAUAAAGAACAGGAUGGAGUAGAGAAAAUAUUUUAUACUUUUAAGGACAUGAACAGAAAUGACGUAGUCCCAGUGAGUGAUACUUCCAAGGCCAAUAACAAGGAUUUUUCCAUCAGAAUACUGCAGGCCAACUGGUCAAAUAAUGGAACCUAUUAUUGUAUGAAAUUUAGGAAAGGAGGUCCUGCAGAUGUGGAAUUAACAAGAGGCCAAGGAACUAUUGUCAAAAUUGUUGAUGUUUGA